CCUUUUCACGUGGGGGCUUAUCUGCAAAAAGGGAUCUCCGAUUCGCACCUCCACCACCUGCCGCGCCGGCCGGCCGGCGAGCCUCUUCCUCUUCUUCCGGUCGCUCCCCUUCCCCGCAUCUUGAUUUGGAUUCUCUGGUGGCUGGGAGAGCCUGCGAGAGGGUGACAACCGGAAAGAUCUGGGCCACAGCAACCGAUCUCCGGCGCCAUGGGGUUCCUCGAGGACUUCCAGGCCAGUGUUGAAGCAUUGCCAUCUAUGCUGCAUCGGAACUAUUCAUUAAUGCGGGAGUUAGAUAAAAGUUUGCAAGGCGUGCAACUAGAAAAUGAGCAGCGCUGUCAGCAAGAAAUAGAGGACAUUAAGCAUGGACUUGAAUCUGGAAGUAUUACAUAUGACCCAGCAAAAUUGAAAUUUUCUGAAGAAGCAAUCGAGGAGCAGAAACACUGUGUUAGAAUUGCUGACGAGAAGGUGGCUUUAGCCACUCAGACUUAUGACCUGGUUGAUGCUCAUAUCCAACAGCUAGAUCAAUUUAUGAGGAAGCUUGAAGAAAUUCGGCAAGAAAAAGAGUCAGCUGCAGCUGUUACUCCAGGGACUGCUGUUGCUACUACUGCCGCUCCAACUGUUAAUGUCGGAGUGACAACUGCUGAUGGUACUCCAAAGAGUGGACGAUCUGGCGAAAGAGGCAGAGGGGGUCGGAAGAAGUCUAAGGUACCCACGGAGCAGCCAGUGCCACCUAUUGAUUUAGAAUUGCCUGUGGAUCCUAACGAACCUACAUACUGCCUCUGCAACCAAGUCAGCUAUGGUGAGAUGGUGGCAUGCGACAAUCCUAAUUGCAAAAUCGAGUGGUAUCACUAUGGCUGUGUGGGCGUCAAGGAGCAGCCCAAGGGAAAGUGGUAUUGCCCAAAUUGCAUCGGAUUCCAGAAGAAGAGAAAAGGCAAGUGAUAUGCAGUCCACAUACUGCUGUGCUAGUGUCCUUGCUUGUUAAAUGUUGUUGAUGUUGGGUAACGAAUCUAGUAGUUGUUUGUGACAGUGCAUACCGUUGUAGAUCCAGUGUUCUGUACAUGUUACUCCUUUGAUGCUGAGGAAGUAAGGAGUGCUCUAGACCUCUUAGAGUUUAGGACCAUCGACCAUGCAAUGCAGCCGGUGUGUAACUUCAUUGCCUUUUGGCGGGGUUUUCAUUCUGUCCCUUGUAUGGGUUUCACAAUAUCAUGUCUGUUUUCUGGUAUCUCUGUGGAGUAUGUUUGUCUUUGCGGUUGCUCUUUC